AUGACAGCUACACUUCUCGCUCGGCCCAUGUUUAUUCGAUACAACGUCGUCUAUACACCCGAAAUCAACGAGCUAUUUUACGGCCCAACAAGCUGGUCUGCAUUGGCUUCAUGGCAUCCGGAUCAGCUUAUUAUUCUGCUCGCUUGGAUCAAUAUGCUUUAUGCAGACUUUGGGACCAACGCAGACCCCCUUCUUGUCUCCCAAAUCGAGAUGGAAGUGGAGAAAGUCAAAAUUACCCCAAGCACCUCGGAUGAUCCUGUCUAUACUAUUCGCAGGCCUAACAAGACUGCAGACAAUAUGUGGUGCUCAUGCAGAAGACCCUCGCGUAGUAAAAUUCGUCAAAAGAUUAUGCGAUUCCUUGGGGGAGUCAAGCCUGCGCGUAACGUUGAUACCUUCUUGUCCCUCCCAAUUAUGUUUAUUGGAACUUUUGUCAGCCGAAAACAGGAUCGCGACUUGCUAUUCCGCCGUUUAACCACUAUGCAAGAGUGCACUAUGCCUGGUCGCGCAGGCCACGAUUGUCUGAUGAUUUUGUGCGAUAUCUGGAGAAGGACAGAGGAAGAGCAACGACCAGCUACAUGGGCUGACCUGAGGAUCUCUUCUCAGACGGUUGCGGGUGUAUAA